UCCAUCCUGAGCAGAAGGAAUUGAAAAACCUCCCUUAUUUACAUGUUCUUGCUUCAUUGUUUUGCUGUAACAGAAGAGGCUUCUCACUUUGCUGUUGUUCUCAGAGCUCAGCACAGCUGUUGUGUUGCUUUCCUGUUCUGAAGAGGAAGUAAAAAAUUCCCUCCACACGUGCGCUGGCACUUGAAUGCUAGGCUUCACUCCCUAAUUGGGAGCCGUCUGUAAUGAGCUCUCCCUGGGACGCAGAGAGAAGCUUCCAGCUGUGCCAAGAGCUGUUUCAUUUUGUGCCAAAGGAGAAGUGGGAGAAGAAAUCCACAAAAAGCUAAGAUGUGGAUGGUGCAAAAAUUGAUCUAAGAGUCUUGCAACCAGGAAAAGCAGAAGAAAAGCAGAAGCAGAGGAAGCAACAAAGAAUCAGGAUGGGAAACUUCUGCCAGAAGCACUGUCCCUGUUUGGAGCCUUACCUUCCCUGCUUAUUCUUCAGGACAAACUGUGAGCAGGAAGACAAAGGAGGCCAGAUCUUCACCAACCUUGCUGUGGUAAAACCUGACCUCCAAGCAGGACAGAAGGACUUAGAGAGUAAGAUAAAAGAGAAACCUUUACCUCCAUUGCCUGGCCAGGAUCUAGCAAACAUCUGCAACUUUGUGGCAUUGUUCGACUAUGAUGCUCGCACUGAGGACGACUUGAGCUUCCGAGCUGGGGAUAAGCUGGAAGUGCUGAAUGCAUCCCAUGAGGGAUGGUGGUAUGCCAAGCUCCUUCUGCCAGAGGGGUCAGUCUGUCCUGGCCGCAAGCUCACGGGCUACAUCCCUGCCAACUACAUAGCCGCUGACCAGAGCAUUGAAGCUGAGCCGUGGUUCUUUGGCCCCAUCAAACGAGCAGAUGCCGAGAGACAACUGUUGUACCCUGGAAACCAGGAAGGAACCUUCUUAAUCCGAGAAAGUGAAAGUCUAAAAGGCGAAUACUCACUCUCAGUUUUUGACGGUACAUCUGUGAAGCACUACAGAAUCAAAAAGACAGAUGGAAGCUUUUUCCUAAGCAAAAGGAAAACUUUCAAAACUCUGAAUCAGUUGGUUGACUAUUAUAGCAAGGACAGUGAUGGCCUCUGCGUGUUGCUCAGACAGCCAUGCCUAAAGAUACAAACUCCUGCUACUUUUGAUUUGUCUUACAAAACUGUUGAUCACUGGGAGAUAGACCGACGAUCUCUGAAACUGGUGAAAAAAUUAGGAUCUGGUCAGUUUGGUGAAGUAUGGGAAGGACUGUGGAAUAAUACCAUCCCUGUGGCAAUCAAAACAUUAAAACCAGGUUCAAUGGAUCCAAAAGACUUUCUGAGGGAAGCACAAAUAAUGAAGAACUUGAGACAUCCAAAGCUUAUACAACUUUAUGCUGUCUGCACUUUGGAGGACCCAGUUUUUAUUAUUACCGAGCUGAUGAGAUAUGGAAGUCUUCUAGAAUACCUUAAAAAUGAUGGGGGCUCUCAAAUCUCCCUGACACAUCAGGUAGACAUGGCUGCUCAGGUGGCUUGUGGCAUGGCAUACCUCGAAUCUCAGAACUACAUCCAUCGGGAUCUGGCAGCCAGGAAUGUUCUUGUUGGUGAACAAAAUGUUUACAAAGUGGCAGACUUUGGACUUGCAAGAGUUUUUAAGGUAGAAAAUGAAAAAGUAUAUGAAGCUAGGACUGAAACAAAACUCCCAGUGAAAUGGACAGCCCCGGAGGCAAUCCGCUACAACAGAUUCAGCAUUAAAUCAGAUGUCUGGUCAUUUGGGAUACUUCUGUUUGAAAUAGUCACCUAUGGGCAGAUGCCUUAUCAUGGUGUGCCAGGACACCAGGUGAUCCAGUUGCUGGACGAUGGGUACAGACUUCCUCAGCCGGACACGUGCCCGGCGCCACUCUACAAGAUGAUGCUGCAGUGCUGGAGUGCGGAGGCCGAAGAGCGGCCCACCUUUGAGGUCCUCAACAAGCAGCUGGAGGGCUACUUCAACACUGAGCUCUAUUCCUUUGCCUAGGCCCAGGCCAUGGGACACGAACCCUCAGGAUACUCCUGAAGGACAUGUCCAAGCCAACAUGGUUAAUGGAGACUGUGGAGUCAG